AUGGUGAACGACGAUGACGACGACGACCACGGAAACCGGGGCUCCCCUGCGGAGGGGAGAGUGGAGCGAGGUGAAACGCACGUGGGAGGGCAAAAGCGCCCUCGAGCGGAAAGCACCGCGUCGUCGUCGCCGGGAUCGACUUCCCCUUCGACGUCCUCCCCGUCGGCAGGGGACUCCUCGAGCGAAAGCAGCGCAGAAGAAUCCUCGUCCUCCUCUUCCGAGGAGGAGGUUGAAGAGGACCCUACAGGGAGUGAUGAUGACGACGAUGGCGAUCACACGAUGGGCGGGAGGUUUUUCAUGCUGAGCCCGCCGGUAAUGCCGCAGUGGUUGGCGCUGAUGGGCGGCUCCAUCGUUUCGGAGCUCCCGGUGUCGGAUUUGGCCACGAUGCGCAUCACCGCGGAAGAGGUGAACGCGAGCCAAGGCACCAUCCUCCGAUGGAAGGCGGCCUUGUAA